AUGAAGAGAGUAACACUUUUUGUCAAUGGAAACAAUAUUUUAAAUGGCAAGGUGGCUGUGAUUUUAUUCAUAUUUUUUCAAUCAAAAUUUAUUCAGGUAUUUAAUCUAAGCAAUUCAUUAGAUGAAUUGUUAAUAGCAGCCAGCUCAAAAUUUAACAUUACUGUAAAAAGAAUAUUUAAUGCUCAGGGUGGAGAAAUUGAUGAUAUAAACCUAAUUCGGGAUGAUGAUGUUUUAUAUGUUUCAUGUGGAGAAGAUUUUAUUCCAAAGGAUAAGCUUUGUACCCAGAGUCAGUUAAAUACUUGUUCAGAAUGGAUUACAUUGAAUGUUGGUGGAAAAUAUUUUACAACAACUAGAGAUACUUUGACAAAAAAUGAACCAAUGAGUAUGUUGGCUAGAAUGUUUACAGACACUACAGGCACAGAACAGAGAAUCUUACCUAGCCGACAAGAUAAAAAUGGUGCAUUUCUAAUUGAUAGGAGUCCUACUUACUUUGAACCAUUGUUAAAUUACUUAAGACAUGGACAAAUAAUACUUGAUGCCAAUGUGAAUGCGGCAGGUGUUUUGGCAGAAGCACGUUUUUAUGGAUUAGAAGGUGCUAUUAAUAUAUUAACUGCAAUGGCAGAUGAAGAGGAACUUCAAAGAAGUGGUUUGGUAUCUUUUACUCGUAAAGAUGUACUUAAAGCAAUUAUGUCAACAUCUACAACUUCAGAACUUAGAUUUCAAGGUGUUAAUUUUGUUGGUGCUGAUUUAUCAAAGUUAGAUCUUAGGAAUAUAAAUUUUAAGUAUGCAAUUAUGCGUGGCUGUAGCUUAGCAGGUUCAAAUUUAUCGGGUUGUUGUUUUGAACGAGCAGAUUUGUCUCAUGCAAAUCUACAAGGUGCUCAGUUAAUUUGCGUCAGAAUGCUAUGCGCAAAUUUAGCCGCUGCCAAUCUUCACUCGUGCAAUUUUGAAGAUCCUUUAGGUCAAGCUGCCAAUAUGGAGGGUGUAAAUCUUAAAGGUGCCAAUCUUGAAGGCAGUAUUAUGGCUGCAGUAAAUCUUAGGGUAGCAACAUUGAAAAAUGCUAAUUUAAAAAACUGUAUUCUUAGAUCAGCUAUUUUAGCUGGUGCUGAUUUGGAGUGUUGUGACUUAUCGGGAUCUGAUUUGCACAAUGCAAAUUUACGUGGUGCCAAUUUUAAAGAUACUGCGUUUGAUUUGAUGUUAACACCCUUACAUAUGUCUCAAACGAUACGAUAAAUGUGGCUUAGGUUUUGUGAUGUAGAUAUUUAUUUAAUGUAUAGGAAAAUAACAAUUUUAGUGAUAUCGCUUUUAUAGGUACACGAUAUGCUUAACAGUUAAUGCAAAGUGUGCGCCGAAUUUUGUGCUUUUGGGCGUAUUUGUUACGUCAAAUUAUUUUUGCAUCGUAGACU